GGCGGGGCGCGGUCGGCGCGAUCGGGAGGCGGCGGAGGCUGCCGUCGGCCUCCGGCAGGACUGACGGCCGCAGGCGGGACCUUGUUUCUGAGGAGACGUGCCAUAGACUGAAAAAGGAAAAAUGAGGGUAGCAGGAGCUGCAAAGUUGGUGGUGGCUGUGGCAGUGUUUUUACUGACGUUUUAUGUUAUUUCUCAAGUAUUUGAAAUUAAAAUGGAUGCAAGCUUAGGAAAUCUAUUUGCUCGAUCCGCGCUGGACUCAGCCACUCGUUCUACGAAGCCUCCCAGGUAUAAAUGUGGGAUCUCAAAAGCGUGCCCAGAGAAGCAUUUUGCUUUUAAAAUGGCUAGUGGAGCUGCCAACGUGGUGGGACCCAAGAUCUGCCUGGAAGACAACGUUUUAAUGAGUGGUGUUAAGAAUAACGUUGGAAGAGGAAUAAAUGUUGCCUUGGUAAACGGAAAAACGGGGGAGGUGUUGGACACCAAAUAUUUUGACAUGUGGGGAGGAGAUGUGGCCCCAUUCAUUGAAUUUCUGAAGACCAUACAAGAUGGGACAGUAGUAUUAAUGGCAACGUACGAUGACGGAGCAACCAAACUCACUGAGGAGGCACGGCGGCUCAUUGCUGAGCUGGGGAGCACUUCCAUCACUAGUCUUGGUUUUCGAGAUAACUGGGUCUUCUGCGGUGGGAAGGGCAUUAAGACAAAAAGCCCCUUUGAACAGCACAUAAAGAACAAUAAGGAUACGAACAAGUACGAAGGCUGGCCUGAGGUGGUGGAGAUGGAAGGGUGCAUCCCCCAGAAGCAAGACUGAAGGCACGCGAAGAGCGGAGGAAUGCACUUUGACGAGAGCUGGAAAGCAGCCGCUCCGUGUACAUAUUUUAGCAGCAUGAGGCCGUCCAGGGUGUGCAUGGGCAAGACCGUCUCAGUUGAUCCCGGGAUUAUUUAUUGCUAACAUAAGAGGCUACCUUUGUAAAUAGUCCUCAUCUGGAGCAAAUCACUGAACCAUUUGUAAGCACAUUUCCCUAAAAGUACAAUGUUUAGACUACAAUGGCAAUAAUGUACUUAAAUGCUAAAAGCAUAUUGAUUGGGUAACCAGGCAGAUUGUAUAGGACACUGACAUUUAUCCUGGUUGCUGUGAAACCCUAACAUGGAACAAUGUGGCUUUUAGGGAGGAGAUUUUGUUCAUAUAUAUGUCUCUGUAUAAAUAUCUGGAACGUGAUGACAGUAUCCUUUAAAUUAAAGAGUUUUUUGGUUUUUUUGGUUUUUUUUUUGGCUAGUUGUAUGUGUAAUAUUACCUUAUAGACUGAUUCCUGUUGGGCUUUUUUCAUAGUCUUCAUUUUUUGUUCCAAAGAAAUCCAGAAAUAAAAUGUUUCACAUGAAAAUUUACAUCAGAGUUCUGAAAAGCACAACAAUUUUAAUACAGUGAAAAGAAACAUUAAUGUAGGUGUCAUUCAGGGCUCAUUUUUCUAGAUUUUGUGUUAGCAUCAUGAAUUAUUUGAUUUUGUAUAAACUGUUUAGAGUCAGGCCAGAGCUGGGAUCCCACAGAACUGGGGAACAAGGCCAAGUCGCCUCCUCAACCUAAUCAAGUCAUUCAAGACAGCAGGCUUAGCACAUGAGGAGUAACGAAGGCGUCUACCUGCUCACUGUCACUGACCACGUGGUUUUAGAACAGGAGAACUUUACUAUCAAGGCUUUGAUUUGUAAACCAAGAAAUUCUGUUGUUUACUUCUAACUUCAUAAUAGCCACCAUGGCCUGAAAUUGUAGCGGAAUAUUUUAAAAGCCCUAAUUAUGUUUUUUUUUUUUUUUUUAGGGCAUUAAAUACCUGUUGUAUGUGACAUAUAUCAAAUACUCAUGUACGGAACUAUAUAAAAUGCAGCAUAAACAAGUGUAGUGCUCAUCUUCCUCUCAUGGGAUGAGGCAACACUUAAAAUUUGAACCUAAAAUUUAGGUGGUUUGUAUAAAAAUCUAAAAGCAGUAUUUGCUAUUUUGUUAAAAAGCUGGAAGCAAUUCAGAUAUUUCUUGACUCUUACUGACCUUGUGGUACUGUUUCUUUCCACAAAAUGGGUGUAGUUCAUAAGGAGACACAUCUUUUAUGUUCAGACAAGUUUUGUAAACUUUUAAGAGUUCUGCUGUUUCUGUACUAACUCACAUCCAGCAUGUAUGUUUGGCAUGUAAAGCAUUUCCCUUGGUUCUGUGAAAGCGUAGCCAUUUUACGGUUCUGGGGAAUAGAAAAUAAAUGUUGUGGGGUCUUGUUUUUGUUUUUAUUUUUCUAAAUAAUGAACAUAAACACUCUUGGUUUCACACUUUGAUUUUUAAUUUGGCAAAGUACUAUGCCUGCAGAACAUCCCAGGAAAUCUUUCCAAUCAAUUUUUGUACAUCUUAACAUGCAAAAAAGAAAUUAAGUCUUUGCCAUUAAAUACAGUAAUAUGCUCUGGAUGUAUUUGAACAUGUAAGUUGCUUGGUAACAGGCCAUCCCUUUGAGAGAUGGGUUUACAGCUGUAUAAAAUGUUAGAAUGGUUAAGAAUGGUUAUGUAACUGCUAUGGAGCUGCCGUUUUUUGUCUGGAUUCUGUCUUGUGUUGGUUGUACCAGCUUAACUCUGGAAGCAAUAAUCAGCUGCUUUACUUUCACAUCAGCCUUAGAAGUGAAACAAUGUUCAUUUGAUGUUGAGAAUGAAUUUUCUUUAUUAAAGUCAAAACUCUAACACUAAA